GUCAUUUUUUAGAAUAUCUUAUCUUUUAGAUUCUAACGUUUCAGCAUAAGUGAUAUUCCAUUUGUUAUUAUGAUUUUUUCUUUUUGACAUCUUUUUAAAAUAUGAUUUUCUUUUUGCAGUUGAUGUUUGAAUAAAUUUCUGUAUUUAUCUGGCUUCCAUGGUGCUGCAAAUCAGUUCCAUUCAUGGAUAUUUCAUCGAAUGAUGAUUGCUAUUGAUUCUAGGCUAUGGGAAACCACCCAAAUGUUGCUUAUGUCAUAGUUACUCUGACGUUGCAGAUUUUUCAAAAUAAGUUUCAGCGUUUUCUAGUGUUUGUCACCCGAUAUUUUAAUGCUAAUCUGCUCGCCAUCCUCUAUUUUUAUCCCACAUUCAUCGUUGACUGGUAGGCAACUUAUAAAUCCGUCUCUGCUUAAUUCAUAAAGACGUAUCCAUCCCUGACGUUUGUAGUUUUUGAAAAAUGCAUCUUGUAAACUUCAAGCUUGACUAUCAGCUUACCAUAAUUGUGUUGUCAACUUGACUAUCAGCUUACCAUGGUUGUGUUGUCAACAGAAUUGGUUUAUAUUAUUAACGAUUUACUUAUGCCCAUUGAUUCUUCUUUCUUUCGAGGAUAACUGUGUCAUUUUUAUGAAAGUAGAACAGUUUUCAUGAACAAAUUAGCGCAAAGUUCAAUUUGGAAUGGGGAGAUGGAAUAUAAGAGUUGGUUUUCCACUUGCUAUAAGGUUUUAAGUUCGAAUGAUGAUGGUAAUGGCAUUUUGGUUCCCCUCCAAGGUAUGAAGCUCAUGAUCUUGGAUUUCCUCCACAUCAGACCAGCCUUGGUCUGAAUUGAAGUCUCCUGGAUACUUCUUGUACCACUACAAUAUCCACCAUGUUUUAUAUGAAAUCGGAGUUGUUGGUUUACACUGGCGGACACCUGAGGCAGAAAUUUGAUAUCAGAUUACUUAUCAUAUGGUGGUUGAUUACAGGAAAAAAUUGGUUGAUAAUUUGCAAGUAAUAUAAAGUUGAACUCACUGAGGGGAGGUCUGGUGGCGGCUUUUAUGAGACUAUAUUUCGAUGAAACUGUUUACACUUUACAGGCUUUCAGCAAUGUAGGGUAACCUUGUAACAAAGGUUUUUGUGUAUCUCAUGCCUUAUCUAUCUGCAACACUCAUUGCAAAGUUUGCUAUUGAAGACAAACCUCUAAAUUUGGAUAUAUUUCAAAAACUGUUUGCUUGGGCUGUCCCUUCUUCCUCCGUGAAUGGAUGCCGACCCUGAGGAUGACGGUGAAUCUGCUGGAGUCGUGUUGGAUGUCUCCCUCAGGAAACGACAGAAGACCCGGGAAAUUGCACCGUCGAAGACUCCAAGUCGGAAGGGGAAGGAGAAGGUCGAAAUGGGUGAAGAUGAUCCCGGAGCAAGUCUUUUGUGCAUUUGUGGAAUCUGCCUUUCUGAAGAUGGGAAGGCUAACAGGGGUGUUAUCGACUGCUGCAACCAUUACUUUUGCUUCGUUUGCAUAAUGGAGUGGGCAAAGGUUGAAUCGAGGUGCCCCAUGUGCAAACAGCGAUUCACAUCCAUUUGGCGGCCAACGAAGUCUGGUAGCUGCCUUCAGGAACGCCUUGUUUAUGUCCCUGUUCGCGACCAGGCUAGCCAAAAUGAAGCACAAAGUGUUGAUCUAUAUGCAAACAUUCACUGUACCAUAUGCAAACUCUCUGACAAUGACAGUGUUUUGUUACUUUGUGAUCUCUGUGACUCUGCUGCUCAUACAUAUUGUGUUGGUUUGGGGAACACUGUCCCUGAGGGAGAUUGGUACUGCAAUGAUUGUAUGAUCUCAAAAAACGAACACUCUAAUCCUGAUAUUCAGUGUGAUAGCUUGGUUGAAAAUUUAUCUGCUGAUGUUGAAGCAGUGGCUGCAGACGAGAAGGAUGAUUUGAUUUUUGAAAUAGUGAAAGAUGAGCCUUGUUUGCUGGAAAGGUCAUCUAGUCCUUCUGCACAACGGGAUCAUACUGAGAGUUGCAAGGACGAACCUAGUUCACCAGAAGGCUCAUCUCAUCAAACUGCAAAAAGUAAUCAUAGCGGCAGUUGUAGAACAUCUAGAAGGAAAAACACUAGGAAACUUUUACGGGAUGCGUCUUGUCCUCAAAAGAGUACAUCACAAAUGGUGGUUGCUGAUCUGAAGAGUGUGCUCCCUUCAGCCAGACCACGAACUUUUGAUCACAGAGCAAGAACUUUGUCUUGCUGUCGAAGAUUGCACCAGCGCAUAAAGGCAUUGCGUGAAAAUUGGAAUGCCUUACAAACUGGAUCAUUAAGUUUCUCCAGGUGCUUUGAUUCUAGAUCAGCUGGGAAUAUUGGAAGAAGGCAGAAAGCUCCUCCCAAUAUUUGUAAAGGGUUACGUAAAGAGGUAAAUCCUAUCAGUGCUCAGAAUGUGGCUUCUAAUGUCAAAAUCCCUUGUUGUAAAGCAACUUCUGGAAGUGGGUAUGAUGCUGACCGAGCAUGGAAAAUGAUGGCAAUGGCAAAGACUCUAUCAUGUGGUCCUCCCUCUAAUGGUGCCAAUUCUUCAGAAGGAUCAAAAAGUGUAGUUACAAGAGAGAAGCCAGUUGCAUGUAACAUGAUCUCUACUGUGGAAAAUGAGACUCUUUCUGUUGAUGUCAAUGCUAAAAGAUGCAUAACCAAAAAUUCAGGUUCCAAAAAAUGUAUAGUGAAUAGGAACUCUUAUGUAAAUAAAGAUGUGUUCGGAUCUUGCUCCAAUCUAUCUAUUGGUUAUUGUGAUCCCUCCAAUAGCCAUAUUCCGGUAGCUCCUACUGGUAGUAUGGGGAACUUGGAUAAAUACUCCUUUACAUGGUUACAUGAUAAAAAAUUAUCAAAUGUUCACAUAGACAGACUAAACUAUGAUAAUCAAUCUACUUUUGUUUCAAGCCCAUGUCAUGCUGAGCAUAAGGCUGAGCCAUCUUCUGUUGGGAAAGUAGAACCAUCUGACAGUGCAAAGGCUUUAAGGGCUAGCCAGGUUAAAGAUGAGUCUGCAGCUAAAAGAUAUGAGACUGACAAACACCAGAUUCAGUCAUUGGUCAAACUUAAUCUGAAGUUGCUGACUAGAGGAAAACAACUAGGGGUUGACAGAUUUAAGGAGGUUGGUAGAAUCGCUACUCACACUGUAUUGGCAGCUUGUGGCUUGGAGCACUCAAAAUCAAUUGUCCGCCCAUUUUCCAAGUUGCAUUGCAGUCAUGCCCUAAGGCUGGAGGCAACAUCUUCUUUAAUGCCAGAUUGCUGCAGAGAAUGUUUCAGCUUUUUUAUACAAGACGUUGUCCGCACUAUCCUUUCUGAGAAAGUGUAGUCAUUUUUCUUCCUGAAAGGUGUUUUUUGUCUAUUGAGUCUGGAUUCUAUUUUUUUUUGACAAGGCAGGUAAUGAUGGAAAUUUAUCUACAGAGUGUAGCAAUCCAUUUUGGUGGGAAUAAUCAAUAUGGAAUCUGAAGUCUGCUAUAUUUUUUAAGCAGCUUAAAUAUGAAGUUAGAAAAUUCUAUUGGUUGGUCUGGAGGUUAUAGUUGGCAGGGUUCAGUAGAAGUUCAAAAGUUUCUCAGCAAAAGCUCACUGAAGCAAUGGUGUUGAAGAUGAUUUGGUGUCCCUGCUUCCUAGUUCAAAAUCUCAUGCAUACUUCUUGUUCCAUCCUUUUGGCUCUGCAAUGUCCAAGUUAGGUUAAUGAUCUAUGUCGUUGGCAUAUUAAUCCAUUAUAUCUGUGCUGCAUGAAUGAUCAUGAUCUCGUGGAACAUGUAUGAGUGAUUAGGCAGACUAAGGAGAAAACUGCAAACUUCAAUCUCCUCAGUUUAGAGGACAGAAAUAAUAAUCUGCAUGAGGAUGGGAAGCAAGGCUUUUUUCUGAUGCCUUCUGGAGUAGGAAGUGAUUAUCAUUGAAUCAUACUGGAUCAAGAUAUAAACUCUGGACCAAGUUCAUGGAAUCUAGCACUAACGCUAUAGGAUCUUGGAUCAUCUUUUAAGCCAUUUACUGGUUCUUACCCAUGUAAGCAUUGGAAGGAAGGGUAUGGAGCAGCUUCUAUUGGUUUCACUAAUACUGUUACUGGUUUUAAGUUCGAAUAAUGAGAGUAAUGGCAUUUUGGUUGCCCUCCUAGGCAUGGAGGUGAUGAUAUUUGAUAUUUCCUCCGUGUUACAGCUUUGGUGUGAAUUGAAGUCUCCUGGCUACUUCUUGUACCUACAAUAUCCACCAUACUUUAUAUUGUUGGUUUGCACUGGGAACACCUGAGCCGGAAAUUUUAUAUCAGAUUGCUUAUCAUAUGGUGGUUGAUUACAGAAAAAUUGGUCGGUAAUUUGCAAAUAAUGUAAAGUUGAACUUCACCUAGGGGAGGUCUGGUGGCGGCUUUUUUACCAGAACUGUAUUUCGAUGAAGCUGUUUACAGGCUUUCAGCAAUGUGGGGUGACUUUGUAACAAAGGAAAUUGUAUAUCUCAUGCCUUAGCUGUCUUCAACACCCAUUACGAAGUUUUUCGUUGAAGACACCUCCAGAUUUGGUUAUACUUGCAUGUUUUUAAUUGUAUGGAUACUGUAGUUUUAUACAUAUGCUUACCACCAAGUGCAGUUGUGGUUCUGCCAAACCUCAAGUAUUAUCAAAAGGAAAAUCACAUAUUUGGUA